AUGUCCGACCUUCAUAUCAAGUCGGAAGGGGACAUUAGCACCGUUUUCUCGUCGCUUUCAUCGGAGGAACCUUACCAGUGGCCGACCCGCUUUGUGGCCCUGAAGAAGGAAAUAUGGAAGGACGAGCUGAUUGAGAGCUGGAGACAGGUGCUUGCCGAACUCGAAGUCGCGACCGAAGAGAUUGAAGCUCGAGGAAACGAGCUGAUACCGCAAGUCACACGAGACGAGGUUGUUGCCGGACUCAAACGAGAGCAGGUAGAUGCCAUCAAACGUGUUGGUACAGUCGUCGUGCAGAGCGUGGUUCCCGAAGAGGAAGCAGUCGCAUGGAAGAAGGAGCUUUUGGCAUACAUUUCCGAGAACGAAUCUCUCGUCAAAGGUUUCCCACCGGACAACAUCGUCUUCUAUGAGAUAUACAACAGCGUGACACAGACCUUGGCACGCACGCAUCCAUCCGUGAUCGAUGUGCAUAAGGUUCUUCUGAACCUGUGGCGUGUAUCCGACCCUCUAUCUCGGAUAAGCCUCUCCACACCCGUGUCCUACUUUGAUCGCCUCCGGAUUCGCAAGACCGGCUACAUGAAACUCUUGGGUCCUCACAUCGACGGCGGAAGUAUCGAACGUUGGGAGGACCCCACAUUUAGGAGCUGCUUUGGAAACAUCCUCAAGGGAGGUAGCGCAUGGAGGGAUCAUGACCCUUGGGAUGCAUCCCCGCGCAUAAAUGCGAGGCAAGACCUCUACGAGGCUCCCAACCAAUGCUCUAUCUUCCGUCCCUUCCAAGGAUGGACGUCGUUGUCCAAUACCGGUCCUCGGGAAGGAACGCUUCGAGUGUUCCCGAACGUCAAGCUAUCCACCGCAUACCUCAUCCUUCGUCCGUUCUUCCGCCCGAAGGUCGUUCACCGCUCGUCGUCGAACACGUACGGGAAUACAUUGCCUCUCGGAUUCGACGAUUGGGUUGUGGAUCUCGACAACCCAGACUUCCCAGGGGCGAUUCCGGCGAAAACCUUCGACGUCAGCCAAGAGAUGCACCCACAUCUUCGACUGGACAAGACUAUGAUUCCUGUCCCACCCGUGAAACCUGGAGAUCAUGUAUAUUGGCACUGCGACGUGACUCAUGCGGUCGAGGAAGAACAACUUGGAGCCAACGACUCCAGUGUACUAUACAUUCCUGCUGUUCCUCUGACCAGACAGAACGCUCUUCACUUGCGAUCUCAGCGAGCACAUUUCGCUGCUGGACUGCCCGCACCUGAUUUCCCCGGAGGCAAAGGCGAAUCCUCCUUUGUACACCGUUCCAAGCCGGAGGACGUGGAAGAUGUCGAGGCAAGGCGGAUGCUUGGCCUGGAGCCAUUUGCGCUUAACACUGGCAGUAUUGUUCGAGAGGGGGAACGCCGGGUGGUGGUGGAGGCGAACAAUAUCCUGGGCUUUGCUUGA